UCCACAGGCAUAAUGGAGCUGGCUUCAGCGUCCCAGUGUGUUCGUCGGGAGGGUGUGCGAUGCCUUAGGAUUGGGGCAUAUUAACGCUGACCGAUGUACGAGCCGUCCUACACCGCUCAAGACAGCGCGCUGCUCCCAUCCCAGUGGCUUAAGUGAAUAGGCGUGCCCAACCAAAGUAUUCGAUGUAUAGUUAAAAAAUGGGAGGGCACACUUGAACCGAGGUCGUCUGUGAAGGUAGGCUGCAGCGUGUGUUUAUUGAUGAGAUGAAAGAAGAUGGAAGUGAGAAAUGAAACAAAGUAAAGGAACAUAAUUUAAACUAGGCUUUGCUUUGUCGGGCAAACCGGGGACAGCUGUGGCACGCCGUCGCCGCUAUUGAACGAGCUUCGGACCGCAGAUGAUUUGGACGAAGAGGAGCCGCCGGAGCACCUAGCCGUGCCCCCUGACCCGCCACACCUCCGCCACCAGCAAACCUGAAGCCUUCUCCAGCUUCACACACACCUCCUCUCCCACACAACAUUAUCUGGCUGUGACACCAGUUGCAAGGGGAUGACCGAGCGUAUUCAUAACAUCAACCUCCACAACUUCAGCAACUCUGUACUCGAGACCCUCAAUGAGCAGCGGAACCGCGGGCACUUCUGUGACGUGACGGUGCGGAUCCAUGGCAGUAUGCUGCGCGCUCACCGCUGCGUGCUGGCCGCCGGCAGCCCCUUCUUCCAGGACAAGCUGCUCCUGGGCUACAGCGACAUCGAGAUCCCCUCCGUGGUGUCGGUGCAGUCCGUUCAGAAGCUGAUCGACUUCAUGUACAGCGGGCUGCUGCGCGUGUCGCAGUCGGAGGCGCUGCAGAUCCUGACGGCGGCCAGCAUCCUGCAGAUCAAGACGGUCAUCGACGAGUGCACGCGCAUCGUGUCCCAGAACGUGGGCCUGACUGGGGCCGGGGGGUUUCCCCUGAUCCCGGGCGACUCGGGCCAGGAGACCCCGCUCGGCACCCCGGAGUCGGGCACGUCGGGCCCCAGCAGUGACGCCGAGUCCGGUUAUAUGCAAGCCACGUCGCAGCACAGCGCCUACUCGCUCUACUCCUACCCGGGGCUGUCCCUGCCCAACGGGACGGCCCGCGAGCGCCCGCCCUUCGUCGCCAACCUGGCCUCCAACUUCGAGGCGACGGCGGGGGGCGGGGCCGGGCUGGGGGCGGGGCCGCAGCAGCAGCAGAAGGACCAGCAGGCCCAGGACCCGCCCUGGAUCACCCGCAUCCACGAGCGGUCCCAGCAGAUGGAGCGCUUCCUGUCCAACGAGAGCAGCACCCACUGCCGCAAGCAGCCGCGGCCGGUGCGCAUGCACAUCAAGCAGGAGGCGGAGGACGUCGGCUACGACCGCUACGACGGCGUGGGCGAGUGCGGCCAGGAGGACGGCGAGGCGGCCGAGGGCCCCGAGAGCGAGCCCAAGGGCGAGAGCUUCGACUCGGGCGUGAGCUCGUCCAUCGGCACCGAGCCCGACGCCAUGGAGCAGCAGCAGUACCUGAUGAGCUACGGGCGCGAGGCGGGCGAGCUGCCCCACGGGGGGGACGAGGGCCCCGUGCAGAUCGAGGUGGACGACUCGUCCCCGGAGCAGGGCGGGGACGAGGACGGAGGCUCCUGCCACAGCACUAGUGAAGCGAGCAUGAUGCAGCCCCUGGGGAACCCCGCGUCCGGCCAGUCCCUGUCCGGCACGCCGCAAUACCUGCGGCAGGGUGCAGAAUCUCUCACCAGCAACCAUAGGAUGCCCCUCACCAUGACCAGCAACUCCCCGGUGAUCGGGCCGGCUGGCAACGGCUACCUGCCCCUGUUCGGCGGGCAGUCGGCCAGCAACAAGCCUUUCUUAUUCAGCCUUCCACAGAACAUCGUCGGCCCGCAGCCUCAGUUUGUGGCCGUGCCGCCGCCGACGAUGACGUCGUACCCCAACCCCAUGUCGGGACAGCAGCAGGUGUCCUCCCAGCAGCAGCAAGCGGCUGGCGGGAUCGGCCCCGGGGAGAAGAAGCCCUACGAGUGCACUCUAUGCAGUAAGACCUUUACUGCCAAACAGAACUACGUCAAACACAUGUUUGUCCAUACCGGCGAGAAGCCCCACCAGUGUAGUAUCUGCUGGCGGUCCUUCUCCCUGAAGGACUACCUGAUCAAACACAUGGUGACGCACACGGGCGUGCGCGCCUACCAGUGCAGCAUCUGCAACAAGCGCUUCACGCAGAAGAGCUCGCUCAACGUGCACAUGCGCCUUCACCGCGGCGAGAAGAGCUACGAGUGCUACAUCUGCAAGAAGAAGUUCUCCCACAAAACCCUGCUGGAGCGCCACAUGGCGCUGCACAGCACGGGCGCCGCCGCCGUCACCGCCCUGUGCGGCUCCCCCGUCGGCCCCACAGGGCCCAUCUCCAUCCCCAUGCCCAUGGUCGUCGCCGAGCCGGGGGCCGGGGUGGCGGCCCCCGCCAUGCCGGUGAGUGCCGGCGUGGGGGGCGGAGUGGGGCUGGGCGUGGCCUCGGAGGCCGGCUGCCAGGACGGGACCACCUACGUGUGCUCCAUCUGCCCCGCCAAGUUUGACCAAAUGGAUCACUUCAACGACCACGUGCGCAUGCACGUCUCCGACGGAUAAGUACAACGACAAAAAAAUUUACAAAAAAAAAAAGAUGAAAAAAUACUCUUUUUUUUUCUCGAGAGAAAAAAAAAAGAAUGAGAAAUUUAAAUGGCACUAGAUUUUUCCUUUUUUCGUUUGUUCUUUUGGGGGUAUGAAGAGUAAUGAGUAGAGACACUGGCACGUUGAGUUCCCAAAAAAUGUUUUUUUUUUUUCUUUUCUUCUCUUUUCUUUGUUUGUUAUUCUAAAAGAAAACAGAUUGGUGGCCUUAAGGCUUAGUAGUUUGAAACUGAUCUACUGGAUGGAUCCAACUACAGGCCUCUAAAUGUGUGCUUUCCUAAAAUACUGAUUAUGUGUUGAACACUACCGAAAGGCCUACACGAGAAACACAUUACACACAAACACACAUAUAAUGUAGAUAUGUUUGUAGGAGUAUACAAGUGCAUAUGUAUGUGUGUGUGUGCGUGUGUGUAUUUUGCAUAUGCGUCUAUGUGGUCGUUUGCGUGUGUGUAUCUGUGUUUGUGUGUGUGUGUGCGCGCGCGCACGCGCGCCCGUGCGUGUGUGUGUGUGUGUGUAUGUGUGUGUGUGUGUGCUUGUGUGUGUGUACGUGUGCAUUGCCAUGAAAUGUUUACCAUGGCAGAUGUGAGCCCAUAUUGACCAGUUUGGAACAUGAAUAAGUCCAAGCUUACUGUGGUAUAAUUUACAACAACGACGACAGCAAACACACACACAUCUGGGUUAGGCUUCAUAUUCCCUCUAAAAUACUGAUGGUCACAAGGUUGCCUUCUUAUGUAAAAUAAAAAAAACAAAAAACAAACACAGAGAGUACUUUAAUUUGACACUGGGUUUAUUUAUUCCCAUGGUUUUUAAGGGAUGACAAUGACGCUGUUGUCAAGGUACCAGUUUGACUCAUUUUAAUUGAAAUGCCAUGUUCCUGUUAGCAGUCACAGGGGUUUCGCACAUGGUUUUAUUGUCCAUAAAUCUUGAUGGCUAAGAAAGGUUGAGUUUACUCAAUUUCGAGUGCGUUGAUGAGACAGUAAUCGAUCAAAGGUCAUUAACACUUUGGAGUUUGAGCUUUUGACUUGUUCGCAUACACUGCCACUAAUAUCUUUAAAGACUGUUAAGGCUGGUAGAACACUUCAUUUCAAAUCCUAACAUAUAAAAAAAAGAAAAAGCCAGAUUUUUUUUUCCGGCUUUUUUUUUUUUUUGGGCCUUUUACACUCAGAGUUAGGGCUUGAGUAUGCUGAACGAAACUCCUCCUCUCUUACCGCUCGCAUCUUUCACCCCACUGGUAAACCAUUGGUGAUUAAGGUGUUAUCAAGGGUAGCCCAGUCAUGUGGCUGCAAUUUUGGAAUCAAAUUAUAUCUGAACAGUGUUCAAGCAAGGCUUUCUUUAGGAGGGUACAGAGGGAAUAAUAUCUAUCAAACCUGUAAAAAACAAAAAAAACUGAACAAAAAUGCCGUCCUACUUCCUUCCUGGAAUCUAUGUACAACCUGUUCCCAGGUAGAAACUACAAUCCUUUUUUUUUCUCUCUUGAUGCACAGCACCACCUAGUGGCACAAAUGGCAUGCAACAUUUCUGAAAGGAAAUACAGUCACAAAUCAAGUACAACCACCAAUGUCACCGGUAUGCUGGUCAAAGGAUUCAAAGUAAUGAAGUGUACAUUCCUUAUUUCCGUUUAAAGUCAAACAAUCAAACAGACCCAGAAGUGGUCGUUUUAAAAAUAGUUUGGAGGAGAAAUGUGUCAAUCAAGCAUGAGGUGACCGUGGUUUCCCUAUUAUUUAAUUCAUUUGGUUUUCUUUCUAAAUCAGAACCAGGAGCCACAUACAACUGCUCGUAUCCUCUCCCUGCCGGAUAUAUCGCGCGUUGGCGGUUGUAUUGUGAUAAUAUAACGACCCACACACGGCUCCAAGCUGUAAGGUCCUCUUUUUUUAAGUGCUACUUUGCACAUUGUCAUUGAAUGCCUGUGCUUAAUAUGUCAUUGUUUCUGUUCCUUUGAAAUUACCCUCUGCGGUUUUCAUUUAAUCAAUUUAACCAGCAGGAAAAAAAACAAUAAUUUUAAUAAGUGGACUGCAUUGUUUUCUUGCAUAUAUGUUGCACUGCCUAAACCAAUAAGUGCACUACUGUUAGCAGAGAUGUUAUAGUUCUAGCAGAAUCAGCUUUCAAUCUUAUCUUUGGUUGUAGAGAGUAGAGAGUAGAAGAGCUAUUUUUUCCUUCCUUCAAUUUAUUCAAUAAUAAGCCACCCAACAUUUCUUGGCUUUUGUAACUGCUUGCCAUCACAUAUUUACUUUCAUUUUCUGCUGUUUUUUAUUUCAUUUCAAUCUAUCACAGUGUGUCUGUAUUUCUCCUUUGAACCUUUUCAAUGAAUCUAUUAAUUCCCCCCAGUGACAAAUGUACAUACAUUAGGACAGAUUCCUAUAAAACCAUCAAAGCCAAACAAAAACAACAUCAAUAAUACAAAUAAAGACAAUAAUAAUAAUAAUAGUAUUCAUAAUAAUAAUAAUAAGGUGUAUCCUAUGGUGUAUUUGGAAAUAUCUGGGAUGUAAUGGAAUGCAGUGUGAGACCUGUCAGUGGUAGUCGGGACCCUUCCUCUGUGUUUGUGAGUGUCCGCGUGACGUGUAGCCCAAUCCAACUGUUAAAAAGUGAAAUAUGUGUGAACUCUGUGCUUCCUUCGCAAUAUGCAGCGCCGGUACUCUAAGAAGCAGCGUUCCAAACCACCCAGGCGGAUAGAAAACAGGGCACAUGAUGUGGAUUUGAUUUCAGACUAGAUCAAAUAUUGACCUCUUGGUUAUCCCUAACCAGAGAGGCUCUGUAUCACGUUCGCUGGUGUUGCCGAGCCGCGAUUACACACUCUUGUGGCGUCGGUUUCACACUCCACAGAGUACAGUUUCAAUUCACACCACUAAAAGGGAACUGAUAUUUACUAUUGGAACAAAUGUUGUCCUAAGAGAAAGCCCGCAUUUAAGUCGCCCCAUCACUAAAUCAAAGUACACCAGAGUUCAUUAAGGAAAGAAAAUACACAUUUAGGCACUAAACCAAACCAGUUGGUUCAAUAACGAUAAAAAAGUAGCAACUAGUUUUGCCUGUGGAUAAGUAUGCCGUCUGUCGUGCGUGUGUACUGUUGGUGGUUACCAUCUGUAGCGUUGGUCGCCUGCUACUUUGUCUUUACACAGCACCACCAAGGUUUUCUCUAUUGCCUUAACAGACAAUGCACUAUAUAGAAUAUAGAAUAUAUAUAAAGCAACUGCCGGGAUAUCUCCAACCGCAUUGCUAUGGCACACUGCUCAUAUUUUGGAUUUAUUUUUGAUCUGCUCAGUACAGACUCAAGCACUGCCAAACUAACAUCGCGAUGUAUCUGAAAGCAAAGACGAAUAUACUAGUUUAGUUGUGUUAGUGAAGUGUGUGUAUUUGGUGAUCUAGCAUUCCUUCUUGGCACUUAUCUGCAUCUCGCAGUUUACCUAAAUUUGCAUAUUUUGUAUUAUACAUAUAUUAAAUGCACUAUUGACUGUAGCUAGACGCGUCUUCUUUAUAAAUCUGCUUGUUAUCAUUGUUCUUUAUAGUCGGUUAGCUUAGUUAGCUUGGCGUUGGUUUCUUUUCCGGAUUCAUGCUAUACAAAAUGUUUCUUUUUUUAAAAAAAAAGAAAACCAGUGAUCCAGAUGAGGGCUUAAUGACUGAUUCUUAUGGUCCGUCGACGUUCUGUAUUUAUUGUAAGGUGUUGAAUGGCAAACGAGGGUUAAGCGAGGAGAGCUCCUGACUUUUUAUUUUAGCUUGUGCGGCAUGACCUUCCACAUGGCGGAGACGCCACAUGUUGCUCCGUGCCCGUCGUUCUCCUCUUCUCACGUUGCUUCUGAUAGCCAUUAUUCUCGUGCUUUUAUUCAUAAUCCUCAAUGUUGCAAAUGGUCUGGCAUUUUUAAAAUGCAAAAAAAAACUUUGCAACACACCCCUUCACCACGACCAAUUUCUCAAUUGUGCUUCUGUAAUUGCUAGAUUUAAAAGAAAAAAAAAGAAAAAAAAAAGUGGAGACCUUUCGUUUGUAAAGUGUAUGCUAUACAUAUAUUUUUACAGAACAAAACGUGGUAACAUAGAUAGCCUUGAGUCAGCAGCUUUUUGUAUGGUGUUUAGACGAUAUUAUUGUUUGUCGUGUGUGUGUGUGUGUGUGUGUGUGUGUGUGUGUGUGUGUGCGUGUGUGUGUGUGCGUGUGCGUGCAUGUGCCUGCACACAGUCCAGGGUCUACUUCGGCGUCCCUCGUGCGUUCUUCUUCAUCGUUAUGCAUCUUCAUUUCCGAACCUAAUCCCGCAUUUUUCAGGCCAUCAUAUUGACUCGUCUAUUCAUAGUUGGGCGUGAUAUGAUAAGGCUACUUUAGCGGCUAAGAUGUCCUCCGUGUGUGCUCGCUCCGCACACACACAAAGUCUGUCGAGAUAAAACGAGACAGGAACACAUAAGAAGCACGGCUAGUAAGCAGAAAGGGUUUGGGUCCGUGAGGAUACGUCUGUCAUUCUCUUCAGUCUUCACACUUCAUUCACCUUUCAUCUCCAUGCAUGUACCAAGUCUCAAAGUUCAACUGUAAACUGUAACUCGUACUAAGAUGCAACUCAACUCAAUGAAUAUUCAACGACAGCUUUCUUUCCUUUGGUCCUACUUCCGUACAUACAAAUACCUAACUUCUUAUAAAUAUACGAUGUAUAUAAGACCAUCUUCACACAGAUACAGAAAUACAUUUUCAGAUAGUUAGAUAAAGAAAUACAUGCAGCUAGGUGAUACCUUCUGGGAUAUAGGGGAUACGCCUAUCAAGUGCCUAUUUAAACUAUACAACAUAUUCAUAGAUUUGCUCUCCUCUGUUGCACAAAUACAGUAUAUACACAAUGGUCUAUUGAGAUGACACUAUUUAUGCUUGACUGCUUGAAGGACGUCGUUCGACGUGGGUGUAUCCUUUCGAGAGACCCCUUUAAAAUACCCGGCAUGUUCUAUUCACAAAACAUGAUAUAUGCAGUUUAAUUUGCAGCUGGCAUUUAAUAUAUUUAUGGAGGAUUAAAAGAUUAACGGAAUUCUGGUGCUCGAUAAAAUAAAAUAAAACUGGCCUUCAUUUCUAGGUUUUAAUCAUUUAGUUUUAUUUUCUGUGAUAGGAAGAUUAUUCAAGUGAGGUUCCCUUGCUGUUUGGCAUUUAUUUGGGCAUUUGUUUUUUUUAGUUCAAGUCACAUUCGACAAAGUGAAAGAGAAAGUAGCCUUGUAAAGCACAUCCAUUCUGGUACUAAAACCCAAGGCUUUACCAUCGGAAUACAUCUUGUGAAUUUAUUUUGCAUUAUUCUGUUUGGAACUUUCUCUGUCACUGGAUUUAAGCCCAUUUUACAGCUUGAAUUGUACUUCACGUGUUAUCACUAAUUGGCUGCUGAAAUUGUCAUUUUUUUUUACUACAAAUGUUGACUGGCUGUAUUGAUAAGCAAGCAUUUAGCAAUCAUACAAUCACGUCAAAGAAAUGUGUGUAAUGUUGGACGCUGAUUGAAAGCCUUGACCCCAUAAUGUCGGGUUGCCAGAAUAGGAGCACAAUCGUCCUUUUAAACUUUUAUAAUUCUUGAAUUGGAAAAUGUGGAUAACUGUUGGUAUUCGUCGCCCCUUGAAAAUAGGCGCCAACAUUUUGACGACGAUAAUACACAAAAUAAUAAUAAUUGCAGUGUCACCUGUAAGGAUUGAAUUGCUCACUUUCUUCUUAAGAUAGCACAUUAAUUCCCUUAAUUUCUCUUUUACAUCCUCCCAAAAUACACAAUCUACACAGAGUAAAACUAGGAGAGUAUAGCUAUGAGUGAAACCGUAAUGUUAAACAUUUAGUUUGCAUAAACCUAUUUUUAAGAUAUUUAAAAAACAUAAACAGAUCACUUCAUACCGCUUGUCCCUUCCACCCAACUUCCAUACCACACUCAGACGUUUUCUUGUACGUUUUUUGCUAAGCUACUACACACUGACCAGAAACAUGUAACAGUAGGCCUAUCCUGGAUAGCCUGGGAUAGCCUACAUGCUAUCAAAGCUAUUAAACAUCCCUAUGCUAACAGCCGCCAUGCUAACUUUUGCAGUAACACAGCUGCUAUACUUGCGGUCGGCUUUCUCAAAUACAUUUAUUAAAUAUAACAGAGGUUAACCAGCAUGUGCCACUUAUGAGUUAUACUAAAUACACCCUCUUGUCACCACACAGUUGCAUUUAAAGAGCUUCGAUUCAACUAAAUCGUUAUUUUUGUUUUGAUGGGGGAUAUAUAUUUUAAAGAGUGUCCCUUCCAGUCAAAUGUUUUUUUUCGGUUGUGAAGAGUUUAAUUUUGGAUAUAGUUUAGCCUACGAAGACCUUACAUGUAGCCUGUUCUGUGUUUAUCGGUCGGGAUCCUACGAGAGCUAUCUGAACAUAUAGUUUUCUAAAAAUGUCAACAGAAAAAAAGCAACCCAAACUGAAAAAAGUAUACAUUCCUACGAAGCCCAGCACAUUCCAGCCCAGCUAGGUGUUCUCCAUCUUCUUCCACACUAACCCACUUAACAACCAGUCCUGAUUUCACCAGGCUCACCCCUUUUACACAUCGGUCGGCGCUCCUGCCGUAGCGAGCACUGCCCCUGCUUUGUUUCCCAAAGUUGAGAGAGAAAAAAGGGUACCCAUAAUUUAUCUCAUACAUUUUAGGAAUAAUCAUUCUAUCAUUCUGAGAGGAGAAUAAGAUCUAAGAUCGAACAGCCAGCGAUUACAUGAUAAUUGUCAGAACAGGCAUGCAAACUUUCAAUUAAAAAAAUGUAAUGUAGCACUAGUGUUUGAGAAAAAGGUGUGGUCGUGUGCGAGAUGGGGCCAUUAGUAUCGCUAGAGGCCAUUUUAAUUGCUUGUUUUUUAUUAUUUAAAAAAUACCAAAGAAUGGUAAGAAUAUUUAGGGGAUCUGUAUUUUAGUGUUAGGGAGAAAAUGUGUUGUGUGCGUGUUUCCUAUUACAGUAUGGACUUGUAUAAUCUUCAAGAUUCCUAGUUGAUUUGAUUUAGUUGUGUGUGGCAGGGUGCUUGUACAGACUGCAUCUAUCUCUCUUCAUUAACUCCCAUCGGUUGGUGUCAUUGUUGUGUUACUUUCAUACGGUAGACCAAAAAAAAACAUUUUUUUAAAGAAAUGCAACAAAAAAAAGAAAAAAGAAUUGGACACAGUAGCUGGGUUUUGAGCGUUGCAUGUUAUAGUAUGUAUAAGGUUUUAAAUGUUGCAUUUUUCAAACAAGUAGUUAUAUAAGGGUUAGGUUUUUUUUUCAUACUCACGUAAGCAAAAUUAAGGUAGAAAUGUUUCUAUGUUCACAUGUCUGUUUUGUGCUUUCUUUGUUAGAGACCAUUUGAGAGUUUAAAAAUACGGUUGCUCUAUUUUAAAUUCUAAAAGUGCCCCAAAUACGUUAUUCUGACAGAGAUCACGAACAAUGAAACUAUUGUUUUAGUCACGAGACGGACCAAGAUGUUACGUUUGCACAUAUUUGUAGUUUUAUUUAUCAAGCCAAAAAGGAAGAAAGACAUUUUUGACCCCCCAACUUUCAGUCUCGAAGCAUUCAAUCCGAUCGGAGCAGAAAUGCUUUUGUACUCAUCAUUUUACAAUCCUUUAAUUCUCACCAUUGACAAUUCACCACCUUGACAAACUCAAAGACAACAAAGGAAAAAAUAAAUUAAAACCAAACUCAGUUUCAAUAUGAUAAAAAUGUGGUCCAAAUACACCAAGUGUGUGUCAAAACGAAAUGGAAAGAGUAUAUUUUUAUAUGAUCAACACACUCUGAAACCCAUAGCAGAAUGUAACCGAUUGACAAUACUUUACAUUUAAAUUCUUAGAGAACCUGCUGUAUAUUUUUCAUUUCUGUCUGAACUCUAUCUAAAAUUUGAAUAAGUUGGGCCAUGUUUCAUUACUUGUCGUAAAGGUCGCAUUUCUCAAUUAUUUUUAUAAGAAUGUGUGUGGUUCCGCGAAUCAGUGAUCACACGUGUGUGUGUGUGUGUGUGUGUGUGUGUGUGUGUGUGUGUGUGUGUGUGUGUGUGUGUGUGUGUGUGUGUGUGUGUGUGUGUGUGUGUGUGUGUGUGUGUGUGUGUGUGUGUGUGUGUGUGUGUGUGCCCUCCAUCUCAAGCACUUCCCCUAUGACUUCCUGCCAUAUCUUGUAUGUAGAUGCUUUUGUAAAAAAAACUUUAUUGUAUUUGGGUUGAACUAUAACGUGUGUGUUUUGUUUUUUUACAUGUGGAUAAUUUGUUUAGCUUUAGCUCACCAUUUUUACUCUCUCUCCCUGAAAUACUUCUCCUAUUCAGAACAGAGCAGAAGUGGAGCAGUUGCUGUAAAGCAGACAACCAAGCAACCCUUACAGU